AGUAUAUCCUUAGCAACCUAACAUAGGCGCUGUAAUGUUGCGGUGUGAAUACCCAUGCUAGCGAACGUUAGCGACGUAGGAUAACUGUAGGUUAUAACUUUUUCUGUGUGCUUAGUAUUUUAUAUUGAUAUUGGUUCUCCCAUGAGCGCAAAAAUGAGAACUGUCAGCACACCUACUGGCAAGCGUCAGGAAAAAACUGAAGGCUUUACAGUCAAGUCGACCAUGAAGAACUCUGUGGUCACGGGCCCCCCCGUGGCGGGGGCGUUCCGGGAGCGGCCGUCCAAACCCACGGCGUUCCGCAAGUUCUACGAGCGCGGAGACUUCCCCAUCGCGCUGGAGCACGACACCAAGGGCAACCGCAUCGCCUGGAAGGUGGAGAUCGAGAAGCUGGACUACCACCACUACCUGCCGCUGUUCUUCGACGGCCUGCGUGAGACGGUGCACCCCUACGAGUUCUUCGCCCGCCAGGGGGUCAACGACAUGCUGGAGCACGGGGGCCCCAAAAUCCUGCCCGUCAUCCCCCAGCUCAUCAUCCCCAUCAAGAACGCCCUGAACACCCGGAACAGGCAGGUGAUCUGCACCACCCUGAAGGUGCUGCAGCACCUGGUGGUGUCCGGAGACAUGGUGGGGGAGGCGCUGGUGCCGUACUACCGGCAGAUCCUGCCCAUCCUCAACAUCUUCAAGAACAUGAACAUUAACUCUGGCGACGGGAUCGACUACAGCCAGCAGAAGCGCGUGAACGUGGGGGACCUGAUCCAGGAGACGCUGGAGGUGUUCGAGCGCUACGGCGGCGAGGACGCCUUCAUCAACAUCAAGUACAUGGUUCCCACCUAGAGUCCUGCCUGCUCAACUGAGGAGCCCCGAAAUCUGCACCCCACCCCCCCGCAAUGAGCGCUGGACCCCGAAAUCUGCACCCCACCCCCCCCCCCCAAUGAAGCGCUGGACCCCGAAAUCCCCCCCCGCAAUAAACCCCGCACCCCGAAAUCUGCACCCUCACAAUGAAAUGCAAGGGCCCAGCAAUCUGCACCCCAUUUAUGAACUGAGGGAAGCUGUACCUCCUGUGUCCCACAAUGCACCACCCUUUCACUAAGUCACCUCCACAAAGUCGUCGUCCUCUCAACGCCACAGCGCACACGAGCUUCCUGCCCUGAAACACUUUGAAUACUUUGCAUUUGAUUUUCUGAAGCAAAAAAAAGAAAUAAAGAAAUAAAAGCUGACAGCAAAGCA